CUAAAGAAUCCGGAAACCGCGUGUGUAGCUUGUCGGCGCCUCAGAAGCUGACAUUAGAGAAUUAGGGAAAAGGCAAAAGAGCCAGGACUCUAUCACUAUUUUCUUUUUAUUUCUCCACAAGGGCAGUGAGCAACAGGGUCAAAUUGAUUGUCACAAAAAGGACGAAGGAAGGAGGAUUUCCCUUUAUAAACCGACUGGACCGUGUGGUCUUUUAAGGAACAAUAUGCCUCCAGCCAGUUCGUCGUUUACGGCAUUGAAUUUGCCAGAAACAUUUUCUCUCCCACAAUGCAUGGAAUAUUUUACCCUCACCGCUGGUCCCAAUACCGAUCUCUGGAGGAAGCCCCCAAAUGGCGACACAUCCACAGCACCCAUUGUAUUCACGUCACUGCGAAAUCCAUUUAUACUGGCGGAAGUGACUGUUAGUGCGGACUGGGAAAUGGAAUGGGAUCAGGGUGGUCUGGUGAUUUUUGCCGGAGCCGCACCGCAAUCCUGCUCGUCCGAAAGCGUCCCAUUGGAUUCCGCAACGCGAUCGAGUCGCUCGGGAUACCCCCAGAUCGCACGACCGUGCAAAUGGGUCAAGGCGGGUAUGGAGUUUAGCUCGGGCACCCUCAACGCCUCUUCGGUCAGUGCAACUGCGGAUGGAGCCGAUUGGUGUCUUUCACCGCUCAGCCUCCCUGACAGCGGGCCAUCAACUGUGCAGUCGCUGCGUAUCAAAUUAGAGCGGAUCGGCAACUCCCUCUGGAUCUGGUACCAGAUCCCAUCCGCCCUUCCCUAUGCCCUGACGCCGAGCGCAGUGAGCAGCACGUGGAAGAAGCUACGGGAGGUGACAUGGUUCUUCUACGGCGUUGAAGACAAGUUUAUCCAUGUCGGAGUUUACGCGAGUCGGCCGAAUAACAUAUCUCGCAACAGCACCAUGUGGGAGAUGAUGAACGGUCCGAUCUUGAGCGAGUCUGCAGUCGGCUCUCAGGACUCUUUGGUGGUUGAGUUCGAAGAUUUAGAGAUAUACUAACGACGCUUGGCCCUUCACGCCCGAUAACAUUCCAUCUGUGUUUCUCCCUUUGCAAUUUAAUCAGCGCGGCCACGACCCACGAAUGGCUUAUGAACCCACGACUCUAUGUUUUGCGCCGCUGGUUGGGCUCAACAUGUUGAGUCAUCCUUUUUUUUUUUUUUUUUUUUUUU